UUUCGUUCAUUGCUUUGAAAUGUUUCAAAAACUUGUUUCUUAAGCCAAACUUUAAAUAAUAUUUGACUGCAAGCAAUGUCCAAUUAUAAUGAUUUAGUUAAUAAGUUCGGAAAGGAUAGCACAAGAGCUGCGUGCAAGAAAUGCGGUUACGCGGGCCAUUUAACGUUCCAGUGUCGAAACUUUAUAAAAGUUGAUCCAAACAAGGAAAUAGUUUUAGACGUUAGUAGUACAAGCACUGACAGUGAAGAGGAUUAUGCCACUCCACUUCAAACAUUGCGGGAAGCAGAAUUAAAGAAAAAAUUAGAACAGCUUAAAAAUAUUAAAAAGAAGACUAAAAAAAGAAAAAGAUCAAGUUCAACAAGCUCAUCAUCUACUGACACAUCCAGUACUGACUCAAGUGAUUCCGAGAGACACAGCAAGAAGAAGAAGAGCAAAGAGAAAAAGAAAAGUAAAGAAAAGAAAAAGAAAUCAAAGAAGUCAAAGAAGCACAAAAAGAAUAAGAAAUAGUAUUACUUUUAGUAAUCUCAGAUUAGAUGUAAUUUGUUUUAUUUGUUAAGA